CACCAUGAUCAUUUCCAGCUUGCCUCGAUCGGCAACAGAUGCUUCUGUGUACACAGGAGGCGCCGGCAUAGCUUACGCGUUGAUCAGAGUAGCAGCCUCGUCUGCGUGUAUGGGAGGAGCGAUCAGUAUGGACGAGAAGAGCUUGUUAGGUCAUGCACAGACUGCUAUGAAAACCUGCGGGGGAGGCGACAAACGCGCAGCACCCUCGCUGCUAUGUGGAGUUGCAGGCAACAUGCUGGUGCAUGCCUUGAUAGAAGAGCGGGCCGGAAGAGCAAGGGAAUCCGAACAUCUGGCAGCAGAAUACCUCAAGAUUCUCGACGAAGCUCUUCGGAAUGACAGCGACGAAUGGUUGUACGGUAGAGCUGGAUAUCUUCAAGGGCUCUUGACGUUGAGAAAACUUUCUUCACGGCAACAGGAUUUCGACGCAGCCAUACGUCAAGUUAGUGCAAGGAUGGUAGAGUCGGGAAGACAAUAUGCAAGCAGGUGCGGGACUAGAUGCCCCUUGAUGUAUCAGUGGUAUGGAGAAGAGUAUCUGGGGGCAGCUCACGGUUUAAUCGGAAUCGUGCACCAGCUUUUGAUGGCAAGAGAGGUUCUGAAGGAUCAGAUGAAUCUUGAAGGAUGGGAGGAGGUCCUUGUCAAGAGCCUGGAUUACAUCAUAGCAUGUCGAUUUGACUCAGGGAACUAUCCAGCUCUUCAUUUCUGCCAUGGCGCCCCGGGAGCGGUUUUCAUGUUUCUGGCUGCGUUCCGUGCGUUUCCCAGUCAUGAGCGGUACGGGCGAUUUGCUUUGGUGUAUCGUGAUGUUUGUCAGGCAGGCGACUGCGUAUGGGAGUAUGGGCUGCUCAAGAAGGUUCCUACAAGACAGAUUGGCCGGGAGGGCCCCGGGCUAUGUCAUGGGGUAGCAGGAAAUGGCUACUGCUUCCUCGCCUUGUACCGCGAUGAUCCUGAUACUGAGAAGAAAGGAGAAUGGCUGCACAGAGCCGUUGAGUUUGCAGAGUUCAUGAGGGAGGAGGGGGAGAGGAACGAGCGGUGGCUGCUGAAACCCGACAACCCCUACAGCUUGUUUGAAGGAUUAGGCGGAGCAGUGUGCUUCCUCGCCGACCUGGUUGGAGUCCUCCAGUCGCAGAUAGAAACUUCGUCGGAUCUCGACCACCAUGUUCCAUCGUUCCCUUUGUUCGAGACACCUCUUUCCUGA